AUGGAAGAUGCCUCCAGAACAUCGUCGAGCAAUGCGGAGGAGAGCAUUGCACAGAGCGAUCGAGACGAGAAUGACGAUCCUACUCCCAGCGAAAGCGAGCCACAUUUCCAACCGAUUUGCGGCACGAAUUCGAGGAUUGUCGCUCGAUCUGUGAGUCAAGUGAGUUCGCGGAGCUCUCGUUCGAUCAGUCGAGUGUAUUCCCUUUCCGACGGCUACUCCCACCCUGCGGUCGAUAAUGAUAGGCUUCAGGAGCCUGAGGACGAUGAGAAGGCCGAGGAAGUGUCUACUGCUCCAGGGGCGGAGUACACUGUGAAGUGGGAUGGGCACGAUGACCCUGAUAACCCGCGGAACAUGAAGUUAGCGAGGAAAUGGGCGGCCAUUGCGGUUUUGGCGGUUGGAUCUGUCUGUGUCACCUGUGCCUCUUCACUCUACACGAUGACGUAUGCGCAGUUAAUGGAGGAAUUCAAUUGCUCACGGGUCGUUGCGACGCUGGGAUUGUCCUUUUUCAUCCUGGGACUGGGAUUGGGGCCACUGGUGUUGGCACCCCUAUCAGAGAAUAUCGAGACUAUGCUUGUCGCAAGGUUCUUCACUGGAAUUUCAGGAAGUGCUUUCCUUAGCGUGGCGGGGGGAACUAUUGGAGACAUGUUUGCUCGGCAUGAGCUUGGUGCGCCGAUGAUGAUCUACACUGCAAGUCCAUUCCUUGGACCAGAACUUGGCCCCCUUUUGGGCGGUUUUAUUUGCGAAUUUACCUCCUGGCGGUGGAUAUUUUAUAUGCUGUUGAUAUGGUCAGCUUCUGUUUUAGUCGCCAUUGCCCUGUUCGUUCCCGAGACCUACCACCCAGUGCUACUCCGGCGCAAAGCUAUCAGACUCAGGCGGGAAACAGGAGAUGAACGCUGGCGAGCACCGAUUGAACGGAGAGAGCGGUCUGUUGCCCAGACUGUCCUGCGUACUGUAUACAGACCCAUGAUGCUUUUGGCAUUGGAGCCUAUGUGUCUGAGCCUGUGCAUUUUUUCUGCAAUUCUGUUGGGUAUUAUUUAUCUCUUUUUUGGGGCUUUUCAACUGGUGUUUUCGACCCUCCACGGUUUUACUCUUUCUCAGGUUGGAUUAAGCUUUCUCGGUCUUUUUGUUGGAAUGAUGGUAGCUAUCUUGAGCGACCCGCUCUGGCGGAGAAAUUACACUCGACUCGCUCGCAAGCGCGAGAUGAAAGUCGGUAAACUGGGAGAAUAUGAACCCGAGUGGCGGUUGCCCCCAGCAAUUGCUGGUGCUCCUUUGGUGUCUAUUGGCAUUUUCAUUUUCGCCUGGACGGUAUACAGACAUGUUCACUGGAUCGCUCCAAUCAUUGGCACAGCAGUAUUCGGCAUGGGAACCGUACUUGUCUACUCUGGUAUCUUUACAUUUCUGGUUGACGCGUAUCCUUUAUACGCGGCUAGUGCGCUCGCAGCGAAUAGCUUCCUCCGGUCAAGUUUUGGAGCUGUUUUCCCAUUGUUUGGAAUACAAAUGUACCAUCGACUAGGAUUCAACUGGGCAUCCUCGCUCCUAGCGUUCCUGACGGUUGCAAUGGCCCCUUUCCCAUUCUUAUUUUUCCGAUACGGCAAAUGGAUACGAAAGGGGAGUCGGUUCGCCAAUUCAUCUCUUGGUUAG